AUGAAAUUCCUUCCCGUACUCAUUGCUGCCGUGGUCGCGCUCUCAUCGGGAGCGACCACCCCGAAGCCCGUGCCCCAGCUCCGCCAGUCCCCGAUCAACCUCCCCCGCUUGUCCGUCGUGCCCAACAAAGGCAGCUUCUCCAUCCAGCUCGAUACUGCCCCCGCCGUCGUUUCUCAUGAAAACCACACCGUCAAGGCGACUUGGAACGCUGGCGCCAAGUCGUUCUUGAAGCUCAACAGCAACGUGUACAACUCGGUGCAGUUUCACCCGCACGCCCCCAGCGAGCACACGAUCGGCGGCGUGCGCUACCCCUUCGAAGUGCACUUUGUGCACCAAGACAAGAACAAAAACUUGGCCGUCGUUGGCAUCUUGUUCGAGUUGGACCCGAACGAUGAACCCAACCCGUUCUUGGACCAAUACUUGAGCGGAUUCAGCCAACUGACCAAGCCCGGCGACAAGUUUAUGCUGGAUUCGCUUGACCCGUCGUCGCUCGAUGUGGCCGAUAGCAACGUGUACCGCUACCCAGGAUCGCUGACGACGGAGCCAUACACUGAAGGCGUCGAUUGGAGGCGUGGGAGAGCGUGA